AUGGAGUAUUGUGUAAUUUGCAAGGAAUUAUCAACCAAUGGCCUCGAAACAGUGGAACUUAGGCAAAAAGGAAGCGAUGGCAUCAACAAUGCAAGUAAACUACGUGGCGACACACUCCAAACUUUUGCAGGACAGCGUGUACAUCAAAAAUGCAGGCAGAAAUACUGUCAUGUAAAGGUUAUUCGUUCCUACAUAAAGAAACAUACGGCUGAUGAAGAAACAUCCUCUAGUGCAAGUCGUACCCUGCGUUCCAGUGAACCAACAUUUGAUUUUGGUGAACGAUGUUUAUUUUGCAGCCAGCCUGCUAAACUUACGGGAAACAAAAGAGGACAUGAUGUUUUUCCUGUUAGAACAUUAGAUUUUCAAACCGCAUUAAACCGAAUUUGUGAGGAGCGAAGAGACGGUUGGGCUGAGAAAGUGCAUGGCAGAAUAUCUUUUUCCCAAGAUCUCAUUGCAGCAGGUGCAAUUUAUCACCAAGUUUGCAGUACCAAUUUUCGGACGGGGAAGCAAGUACCGCCUUCUCAUCAAACUAACGGAAGCAAACGACAAAAGACAGGCAGGCCAACUGAUAAGUCUAGGCAAGAGGCAUUCUUGGAGGUUGCAAAAUAUCUUAAGGAAAACGAUGACGAGCAGAUAACUGUGAACGAUCUUAUGAAUAAGAUGGCAGAAUUCAACGACCAAGAACCUUACAGCGCACGGUAUAUGAAAGAAAAACUUAAAGAGCAUUUUGGAGAAAACAUCGUUAUUGCUAGUAUCAAUGGUAAGGCUGAUGUCGUAACAUUUAGGAGUACAGCUUCGACCAUCUUGCAAAAUUUUUAUGACGCUUCUAGAGAUGCUGACCCUGAAGCCGAUAAAAUCAGAGUGAUUAAGGCAGCUGCUGAUCUCAUAAAAACGGACAUCAAAAGUAAGGACAUCUCUAAAAGUUUUUAUCCAUUACCAGGAGAGAUUUCGUCUUUGGAAGAAAACUGCGCUUUUCUACCUGAAACGUUGUAUUUGUUUCUGAGAACAAUAUUUAACGAAAAGAGUGCAGAGCGAAAGAUUGCUUCCAUAGGGCAAGCCAUUAUUCAAGCCGCUCGGCCCAGGGUCCUGAUAGCUCCUCUUCAAAUCGGCCUGGCAGUCCAAAUGCACCACCAUUAUGGAUCCAAAUUUUUAAUUGAUUCCUUGAAUAGUCAUGGGUUUUGCUCCUCUUACACUGAAGUUAAGAAAUUUGAAAUGAGUGCGGCGCAAACAAAAGGCACAGAUAUUCCUGGUUUAACCCCUGGUCACUUUGUACAAUAUGUAGCAGAUAAUGUAGACCACAAUGUCUGUACGUUGGACGGACAGAACACUUUUCAUGGUAUGGGGAUAAUAGCUGCUGUUACUCCGGCCACGCAUCCAGAUUCUCCAAUACCGAGGUGUUCCACCACAGCUGCAGAGAUAGCAAAUAUUGGAAAGAUUGAUAUUCACUAUUACAAGACGGCUAAUGAUGUCAAAGUGCCUUUGGUUUAUGAGAAACUGCCAUGUCUUUCUAACGUCAAUAAAACUUGGAAGUUAGACUUUCUCUGCAGUUUAGUUUGGCCAAUUCGAUCCCCCAAGCCAAAUUGGUCUGGAUUAAUGCAGACUGUAAGCAAAGGAAGCCAUCCCGGAAAAUCUUCUGUUACAUUCUUACCAAUGAUUGACAUGGAUCCAACAAACAUGAGCUGUAUAUAUUCAACGCUUAAAUUUGUAGAAGCACAAUGUAAAAGGCAACAUACCACGCCUAUUAUUACAUUCGACCAACCCUUGUGGUGGAAAGCGCAGCUUAUCGUAGAGAGUGAACCACCAGACAGUGAACUGCGCUCUAUAAUACUUCGUCUUGGAGGAUUCCACGCAGAAAUGAGUUUUCUUGGUUGCAUAGGCAGCAUUAUGUCUGGUUCUGGUAUUGAAGAACUUUUAGAGUGUGUGUAUGCUUCAAAUACGGUGGGACACACGCUCAGCGGCAAAGCUGUUCAAAGGGCAUUCAGAGGACAUUUACUAGUGGAAAAUGCUCUAAAUGCAAUUCUCACCGCCGAUGCCUUCAAUUUAAGUCUACCUAAGGCGUGUUUUGCCAAGAAUUAUGAAGAGGGAGAGCUUGUGAAAGAUCGAAGGCAAACAGUUCCAGUACUCGACAGCGUUGUAGUUGAGCGCGAUGUUCUUAAUGUUGCAGACACAGAGCCAGUGAACCGCGGGGACCGAAGUCAAACAGUUCCAGUGCCCGACAGCGUUGUGGUUGAGCGCGAUGUUCUCAAUGUUGAAGACACAGAGCCAGGGAAACUCAGCGACCCAAGGAAAACAGGUCCAGUGCCCGACAUAGUUGUGGUUGAGCGCGAUGUUCGAUAUGUUGAAGACACAGAGGCAGUGAAACGCGGGGAACCAAGGCAAACAGUUCCAGUACCCGAAAAAGUUGUAAUGGAGAGUGAUGUUCUUAAUGUUGAAGAAACAGAGCCAGUGAAAGGCAAAGACCCAAGUCAAAACGUUCCAGCGCCCGGCAGUGUUGUAAUCC